AUGGACGCUCAGAGAGCUCUGCUAGAUGAACUUAUGGGCGCAGCUCGGAACUUGACGGAGGAAGAGAGAAAGGGGUACAAGGAAAUUACUUGGGAUGAUAAGGAGGUCUGUGGAGCCUAUAUGGUUCGAUUUUGUCCUCACGAUCUGUUCAUCAAUACCCGAAGUGAUCUAGGCCCCUGCCCUAAAAUUCAUGACCCAAAGUUGAAAGAAAGUUUUGAGGAGUCCCCAAGGCAUGAUGCAUAUGUGCCCAAGUUUGAAGCUGAACUAGCUCAGUUUUGUGAGAAAUUGGUGAUGGAUUUAGAUAGAAGAGUAAAGCGUGGGCGAGAACGCCUUGCUCAGGAGGUUGAACCUGCACCGGCACCUCCACUGUCAGCGGAAAAGUCUGAACAGUUAUCUGUUCUGGAGGAAAAGAUAAAGAACUUGCUGGAACAAGUUGAGACCCUUGGUGAAGCUGGAAAGGUGGAUGAAGCUGAAGCACUCAUGAGAAAGGUGGAUAUGCUUAAUUCUGAGAAGACAGCCUUGGCUCAACACCCUCAGAAUGAUAAAGUGUUAAUGCUUGCACAGGAGAAAAAAAUGGCACUCUGCGAGAUAUGUGGUUCAUUUCUUGUGGCCAAUGAUGCUUUAGAGAGGACUCAGUCUCAUGUUACAGGGAAGCAGCAUAUUGGUUAUGGCAUGGUCCGAGAUUUUAUCGCUGAGUACAAGGAAACUAAGGAGAAGGCAAGAGAAGAAGAAAGGUUAGCAAGGGAGAAAGAAGCAGAAGAACGGAGGAAACAGAGGGAGAAGGAAAAUGAGAGUAGAAGGAGAAGGAGCGGGACAGAUAUCGAGAACGCGAUUCAGAUCGUGAAAGGUCUAGAGAGUGGAAUGGCAGAGGUAGUCGGGAUGGAGGGAGAGGGGCGGAUUGGAGGUCCAGGAAUGGAAGAGAUGGGGGCAGGGAUAGGUACCGUGAUCGAAGCAGGUCACGUUCCCCUGUUAGACAUAGUCACAGGAGACGUCAGACCCGAAAAUGAAUGCAUGAUUGAUCCACCGCAGCUGGAAGAUGAUGUUUUAACCGCUCAAUUGCAAUCGGUGCUUGUAGCUUUGGAAUCUACUACAGUGGACUGGGAUGCAAGGUGUUCCCGUCUUUUGCAAUAUAAGAUUGCAGUUAAUCGGUCGAUGGAGGAAGGAAAGGGGGCAGAUUAA